AUGGACACGCACGACAGCCAAACCACUUCCCCUGAUUCAAAUUAUCUGCUCGCCCACGACGACGAAGAAAGGAGGCGGCUCGAGCGUCAGCAUGUCAUGUUCAAGAGGUUCAUGAACCGCUUUGAUGGCCCGCUGCCGUCUUCCAUUGACGUUACUCAAGUGACGAACAUCAUGGACGUCGCAGCAGGAACUAUGGUUUGGACUCUCGACCUUGCGACCGUUCCGACCGUCAAGGCAAGGAUUGGGACGAACGGCUCCAACGAGGUCCAUCUCUACGCCUGCGAUAUUACUGACCAGAAGUUCCCGCCCAAAAAUGUCAUCGAGGAACUGAAGAUUAAUGCUUUCCUUCACGAUGUAACUGCUCCCUUCCCGGAUCAUCUUCACGGCAAAUUCGACUUGGUCAAUAUGAAGUUACUCGUCUUCGCGUUGACGACGAAUGGGUGGAGGAAGGCGCUGGAGAACGUCAGGGCCCUUCUAAAGCCUGGAGGAAAGCUCCUUCUAUGCGAGUCGGACAGCGUGUUCUAUACGAAGGCGGAAGUGUCAUCUCCUGGGUUUUCGCCGGGACAGCACGUUCUCAAUCCGAAUUCGUGGUCCUAUGCGUACAAUCUCUUGUUCCGGAAGAACACGCUCAUGAAUGAUCACUUGACAAAUCUCUCUACCGAGCUUCCCACUAUGAUUGAGGCUUCAUCCUACACCAUCGUCGAGAAGACCUCUGUCAUGUUGCCAAUGGGGAUACUUUGCCGAACGGAGCCCGGCGCCUGCGGUCAAGAAGUGUCCAGCGAAGAGGAAUUUACGAAGGAUAUUGUCUUCUUCAUAUCCGAGUUAAUAACGGGUAUAGCAUUGAAGAAUGGUUAUUUGGAGGAUAAUGAUGGGAAGAAGAUCAACACCGAGGAAGGGAGGCAGAAGAUGUUGACGGCGCUACGUGAGAACUUCAUCCGAGAAGGUGCCUUCUUCUCUUGCACAGAAUUAGUAGUCCAACCGAGUAGCUAG